UGCUUCAGAGAUCCAGAUCGUGUCGUGGACUGGGUGUGUUACGUGAGCCGAGGAGAGAUGCUGAUGCUGCGCCAGGAGAAGUGUUGUUUUAAGGAUUGUUUCACCAUGACGUCACGUGUUGGUCUAAAAGCUGCCGGUGCCAAUGGAAGUGAUGCCCCUCUGAAGUCAGAGGUGCGGAAGCUAAACUUGGUCCAGCUUCUGAUUUGGCUGCUGGUAGCUGCUCAAGUGGCUGUCAGUCACUUCAAGCUGCUGUCACAUGACACUGUGUCCAUGCCCUACCAAUGGGAAUAUCCCUACCUGCUCAGCAUCAUCCCUCUACUCCUGAGCAGUUUCUCACUCCCAAAGAACAAUAUCAGUUACCUGGUCAUAUCCAUGAUCAGCGCGGGACUGUUCUCUGUGGCGCCUCUUAUUUAUGGAGGAAUGGAGAUGUUUCCUGUAGCACAGCAGCUCUACCGCCAUGGAAAAGCCUACCGCUUCAUUUUCGGCUUCUCAGCAGUUACUGUUAUGUACCUUAUCAUGGUGGUUGCUGUUCAAGUGCACGCCUGGCAAUUAUAUUACAUGAAGAAACUAUUAGACUCGUGGUUCAAUGCCACUCAGGAAAAGAAGAAAAAGUGGUGGGAGCAGAAGAGGUCAGACGGCACCAUGAACGGCCAGCUGGACCUGAGCGGGAAGCUGAUCAUUAAAGCCCAGCUGGGUGACGACAUCAGACGCAUUCCGAUCCACAAUGAGGACAUCACCUACGACGAGCUGGUGCUGAUGAUGCAGCGCGUCUUCAGGGGCAAGCUGCAGAGCAACGACGAGGUGACCAUUAAAUACAAGGAUGAAGAUGAUGAUCUCAUCACCAUCUUCGACAGCUCCGACCUCUCCUUUGCAAUACAGUGCAGUAGAAUUCUCAAGCUGACUUUGUUUGUGAAUGGCCAGCCGCGGCCUUUGGAAUCCAGUCAGGUGAAGUACCUGCGCCGGGAGCUAAUCGAGCUCAGGAACAAAGUCAACAACCUCCUGGACAGCCUGGAGCCCCCCACAGAGCCCGGUCUGGCUGCUACAGCACCAGAAAGCGAAACAGUGGAUGGACGUGAAGGCAAAGUUAUGGCAGUUGACCCCACAGUCAAACAGGUCACCCCAGUCAGUGCCGCCAGCAUGUCAGCCUUUGACCCCUUAAAAAACCAAGACGAGGUCAACAAGAAUGUCAUCUCGGCCUUCGGCCUGAGCGAGGACCAGGGCCCAGGAGCCGCUCAAGCCGUCGCUCCAGAGGAACGCUCCGGAACCCCCGACAGCAUUGCCUCCUCCUCCUCUGCAGCACCUCAGCCAGGAGUGCCCCCCCAGACACAGGCUGCCUACGGAGUGCAGCAGGCACCUGCAGCUGGAAUGGACGGCCAGGUGUACCAGCAGUACCAGGCCCCCGGUGGGUACCCGCCUCAGCAGCCCGGCGGCCCGCCGCAGCCUCAGUACGGGAUGCAGUACCCCGGAUACAGCCCCCAGCCCGGAGCCCCUCAGCCCGGCCCCCCGCAGCCACAGCAGCAGCAGCAGCAGUUUCAGAACUACCCUCCCCCCUCCUCCCAGGCCCCAGCCCCAGCCCCAGCCCCCGGCCCGGCCCCCACUCCCGGCUUCCAGGGAGGGCAGCAGCAGCCCCAUCCUUCUCACGGAGGCCAGCAGUACCCUCCCGGGGCCUUCCCUCCCCAAAACUAUACCUCCCAGGCCACCCAGCCUGCCAACUACAGCAUGCCGCCCAGCUCCCAGCCCGCCUCGGGGUACCAGGCCCGCCCGGGAUACACGCCGCCCCCCGGCAACACCGUCACCCCUCCGCCCGGAGCCGCAAACCCCUACGCCCGCAAUCGGCCCCCGUACGGGCAGGGCUACACCCAGCCAGGCCCCGGGUACCGGUAAAAAGAGAAACGAGGACUGGUGCCACUGAUCCUCACACAGCCCUGAAACCCCCACCCCGUAACCCUACAUGUGGCUUCAACUGUUCGGAGUGGGAGUAGCUAUCAGGUCUGCUGCUCUGCCACCCUCCUCCUCCUCCCCCUCCUCCUCCUCGUACAAAUGUCAAAUCCAAACAAGCAACAAAGCGACCCCCUCCCAGUCUGAUGGUUAGUGUCUGUACGCCUCGUCUCCAGCACGCUUUUCUUUUCUGGCCCCGGUGUGUAAUCCCUGUGUUAUAUCUUUUUUUCAUUUUGUCCCUUCCUCUUCUUCUCCUGCCAUUUCAUCUGGCUGCUCCCCCCCCCCCCCCCCCCGUAUCUGUCGUAACAAUGUAACCAGUCUGGAACACCAAAACAGGCUAUCGCACAAACCCGUUUAACGGCCUUUUCAUGGUAAGGUUUUUAUCUCCCCGAAUGAGAUCAGAUCCAUUCUCAGACAGCAGUGAGUUAACUCCGCACCUGCGCAUCCUUAAGACACUAUCACAAAGAUCCCUUUUUUCUUAUGUUUGUGUUUUGUUUGUGUUUUUUUCUUUACCGGAUAAGUUUCACCACCAUGUCUGUGUUAAUAGUGUGUUGAUGAAGCCGCCCCCUGCUGGGAACACUAGCUAAGUGAUGGCUGACGGGAGGCGUAGAUCUCUGUGUCGUGAAGAUGGCCACUUUCGUUUAGCUUCUUUCUCUUUAUCACCUCCAGUACAUCUUGCUAUUAGUUUCUCUCUUUAUCUUAUCAUUGGUUUUUACUAAUAUAUCAAAUUCCACCCUCAAAGGAGAUUAGUUGUUUAUGUAUAAACUGUAACAUUUUUUUUUUUGAACCUAAUAAAUGAUUGAGACUGAA